AUGGGACAAACACUCGAACGAAUGAAAAAAUAUAGCAACUCUAUGUCACAAGUGGAUCGCGAAGGAGAUGGAGAUGAUAAUAUUAAAGAAAGUACUGAGGAGCAUUAUCAGCGAUCUUACAAAGAGGUACUUCUAGAAAAUUUCCAAAAAAAUGAAUCACUUUACCAGGUAUUGAAUGGACACGAAAUGGACGGAAAAUGA